AUGGAAUACCUAGCGCCAGAACACCAAGAUCUUGUCAAAGUUGGACUCGACAAUUUACGACAAAAGUUGCCCUCAGCUGAUGAAGAUGUCUUUGAGAAAGUGAAAGCGGAAGAAACGCCAUUUCUUUGUUUAUUUGAAAUGGCGCAGGAUUUAACGAGUAGAGAUCUGCCAACAGCAUUAAUAUUAUGGGAAUAUAUACUAAAGAGAGCCAUGAGCAAGCAACAGAAAUUUGCUGCAAUGAACGAAAUAUUUAAAGUUCAAAUCGCAACAGGUCCUUGGAGAGUGGCUGUUGAGACAGCAAAGAAAUUGUAUCAAGACGCUGCUCAGGAGUACUCAUCUGAUAAAUUGGUUCGUCUAAAAGAGAAGGAGAGCGAUUUAGGUAAGUUAGACUCAUUUUUUUGGAAUGAAACAUUGUUUUGGAAGCAGUAGAAAGCACGAUGACUUGUCGAAAAUUUUUUGCACUUCCGCUCUAUAGUUUUGAUCGUCACGCUAGUUUACUUUCGUGAUUGCUGAGCUUGAAAGGUCACGCUUUCCACAUUUUAGCUAUCAAGGAAGCUAUGAUGAACAAGCUUCACAGAAUUCAGUUGGAGUUUAAAAAAAAAAGAUCUAAAAGUAGAUCACUGGUCAAAGUUUCACACUCAGUGCAUCCCAAUGACUCUUCUUUUCAAUCAGAGCCAUAACUCAGUUCAGGUUGAGUGAGUCGAGAAGGUAGAUAAUUUUAAACACGGCUGAGUGAAAGUCCACAGAAGAUAACAAUAUUCCAGUCAUUGCAUUCACAAAAGAAAUGACUCGAUUUGUGAUCAUUUGUCUGGUUAUUUCUGCCAUUCUUUGGUUUUGAAUUGAUGUCAUGUUUUUUCAUAUUACAGAACCAUUCUUAUUUGAAGCUGUUCUCAAUCUUGGAACAAUACAUCGCCUUCUUAGAGAACUAAACGAGGCCGAGGAGUUUUAUCGGAAGGCGUGGAACAUUGCUUCAUCUAUGAAAGAUUUUGAUAGAGAAUCUUUAGCUAAAAUACAUCUUGCAAUCUGUUUGCUCGAUCGCGGUGAACUAAAACAGGCCAUAAACACCUAUUUCAAGCAACUGAUGGUUUUCAAAGCCACUUUGAAACCUCACACAAGAGCUCUUUUCCUGCAGCAUUACGGUAAUGCCUGUAGAUCUGCGGCAGACUGGGGCAAAGCUAAAGAGUAUCUCCGAGAAGCCCUGGACCUUGCCAAGGAAGUGAGAGACGUUGGUCUUGUGUCCAGUUGCUGCGGGGACCUGGGUAACGUUUUCAGAUCGGAAGGAAGGUAUUAAGGUUUGUAUGUAAUUCAGAAAUUUCAUCCUGUUACUUUUGUGAGGUGUUUGAAAGAAGACACAUGCUUUUAAAAAUCUUUGGAGCUAAAGGAUUCAAUUUAUCUUUUAAUUCUGUGUUCUCUAACAGCCCUAUUUCCAUCGACAUAAACUAGUUAUCGCUUACUCUCAGGCACUCAUUCGUUCCAGGUACAAAGAUGCAGAGCAACUCUUCUCAUUUCACUACAAGUUCGCAUUGAGCAGAGGAGACAUCCAUGGCCUAGCUAUUGCAUGCAACAAUAUUGGAUAUUUGAAGUUUUACAACCCCAAAGAGUUUGAUGAUUCUGUGGUGUACCAGUACAUUGCAUACUCCCUUGCUGGGGAAGUAGGUGAUUUUGCAAGGAUGGGAAUGGCAUUUAACAAAAUUGGCAAACUUUAUACCGCACUAGGUUACAAUGAAGAAGCCAAAGAGAUGUUCAAGUUCGCCAUCGAUCGUGCGCAUAAGGCGGACAAUGUUGCUCGCGAAGGAAUGGCGUGGGGAAAUUUAGGCACGGUUUACAGAGCUUUAGAAAGGUUUGAAGAUGCGAUUGAUUGCCAUGUCAAGUAUAGAGAUAAUGCUGAAAGGCGAAUGGAUAUCGGUGGGGUAGCCAUUAUGCAGCAUCAGUUAGCCAUGGAUUACCUCCUUUUGGGAAAGCUACCGGAAGCAGAGAGGUCGGUUCUCGAUGCGUUUCAAACACUGGAGAGAAUCCGCUCACAAGUCGGUGGAGAAGACAAAUCGAAACUGUCUAACUUUGAGAAGAACCAAGCUGAGGCAUAUAAUCUGUUACAAGUUGUACUCGUCGCGCAGGGGAAGUUUAAAGAGGCUCUUGUUUUAGCUGAUGCAAGCAGAGGACGAGCAUUGGCGGAAAUUGUUCGGAAACGAUUAUCAGGCUGUAGCGAUAUCUCCAGUGGAGAAGAAACGGUAACUCUCAAUGAAGAGUUUAUCGCCGAAUCCUUCAAUAAUCUUGUGGAAAUCAGUCGUAAGCGUUCCACAACACUUGUGUUUUACUCGGUGGUGAAAGAGUUUGACCAAUCAGGGGCAUGUUUCACGUGGGUGUACACCUGGGUGUUAUGUCCUUCCGGGAGCCUUAAUUUCAACAAGACUCGUCUGCAGCACGAUUUGGAGACGAAAGUUGAGAUCAACGACGAAUUUAUAGCGUCUCUUAGACGAUCUAUGGGCCAGGAAUCUCAAAUGGGAAAAGUAAGCAAGAUUCUGAGAUCAUGUGGAGAGCAAAAAAAGGUUUCCAGGGAGGCUAAGGUACACGUUGCGGCAAUUAAAGUCGAGGACAUCUUGAGUUCGCUAGGAGGUUUUGAACACGAUUUUAUUACCGGUUGGAAGGGUUUUGGUAUUCCGCUCAAAACUAAGGAUCUCAGAAAACAAGAACUGUUAUCUAAAGAAGCUUCAAUACCUAAACACGAAACCUUUGACGAGUCAACAGGCAGCCAAGAGAGCUGGAACGAGACAGUUGCAGAGAAGCCAACCGCCUCUAAAACCGAGCUUUGUAGUUCAGAAAGUCAAGAAGCUUACGUAGUUUCGAGUAAGGAGGAGCUUGCCUAUUCAACUGAAGCCCAUUCAACUGAAUCUGUAAAGCCAAGUAAUGUGAUGACUUUUGAUAAAGUUGAUGUUAUUUCUGGCGAGUCACCCCUCGUAGUUGAAUGCCUAGUAGAAGAUCCUCAAGAUGACUCAAGUAUGGAACGCGAGAAUCCCGCUAAAGUCGAGGAAAAUGAAUCAUUUCCUUUGGCAACAAGCGAAGAAAGCCUUCAACAUUCACUAAGUGGUUCAGAGCCCUCGCACUCGUGCACACAUUUAGAGUCUGGCCAAGCUGAAUCUGAAAUAUUGGCAGCUUCAAAACCCAGUGACAAUCCCUUUGAAGAAGAAGCAGAUAAGCCCUCUCUGAUAGUAACAAGUCAUGACGGCUCUGGGGCUACCGCAGAAGGUCUUGAACAUGGUAUCGCCUCUACGCCUUCAUGUGAGGAAUCUAAUUUUUCUUUGCAAAGUGACAACAACAUUGAAGGGAAAUAUGGAGAUCAGCUCCAUGAGUUCCCUAAGAAAGAUGAUGAUCACGUUUCUGUGGGCAAUUCAUUAGGUCCUUUUUACGAAGUUGAAACUGAGCCCCUAGGCGCACAUUCAAAGGUACACAAAAAUGAACCUCAGAGUGACCCAGAAUUGGAUCCUUGGACGCCGAUGCUGAGCCAGCUCCACAAGAUUCUUAUUGAACCCAUUAUGGAUUUUCUGCCCAAAAAUGAUGAAUCUCAAAGGGUGACUUUCAUACCUCAAGAUUUUUUGCUCAAAGUUCCCUUCGCUGCUUUACAAAAUGAGGCAAGGGGUCACUAUUUCAUGGAGGACUUCAUAAUCUCUACCAGUCCAGCGAUCCACUUCCUCGAUUUAGCUUGCACCUCUCGUGAAACUUCUUUAAAGACCACAACGCCUCUGGAGCUUAGUCUCCUUGCAGUUGGAAACCCCAUCAUGCCUUUCGAAGAACUUCCACAGCUCCCCUCUGCAGAGUACGAAGUACGCAUGAUCAGAGAGAUUCUUAAAUCGCCGAUGUCUGAAAUUCUUAUAGGAUCUCAGGCCCAAAAGGCGGUGGUGAUAGAGGCCAUGCCAAAGUACAGGGUUCUACAUUUUGCGACGCACGCUAUUAUAGAUGAUUCAGACUCCCACGGGGAUUUUAGCAUGAGAGGACUCAUUGUACUUACAAAGUCUGGGCUCGAAUGUGAUGGUAUUCUCACAGCUGAGGAAGUGAGGGGCUUGGAACUGAAUGCUGAACUUGUUGUGCUAAGCUGUUGCGAAUCCGGACUGGGUAAAGUGACAGGCGAUGGAAUGCUGGGUGAGUUGAAAACGUUUUUGUAGGAUUUUUACGCCUAUGCUUAAGUUUGUGGUAGUAUUCUCCUCAGCCUUCCAGAAUUUUGAAGACGCAAUCAAGGCUACCUUCUACCAUAAGUGGCCUCAGCGUUUUAAGAAUAGAGGGGGUAAGUUUCAAAAGAAACAGUGGUGCUGCGUCUGUAGGAGAGUAUAACAAGGUAAUUUAAUAUUAUCAACUAAGUUGAUAACAUAAGAAUUUAAAAUCUGACGUUUUGGGCGUCAGGGCGAUUGGACGAAUUGUUGAUCGUGUGUGAGUUUAUAUGCGGAAAAUGGAACAACGCUGUUGUUUCUCGUCACCAUAUUUCCAUCAGUGGUGUGGCUCCAUUUUCUGCAUAGCUACUGAGCAAUGCCGUGUACUCAAUGGAAAUACACUGUAAUUAUUACUCACUUUCUUAUAGGCUUGUCACGGGCGUUUCUAGCAGCUGGUGCAGCUUGCGUGAUUGUCACGUUAUGGAAGAUUGAUGACAAACCUGCUUCUGAGUUGAUGACGUCAUUCUAUCGCGAAUACAAAGCUUCCCGUGACGCUGCAGUAUCGUUACAGAAGUCCAUGAAGACUCUUCAAACUAAAGAGGACACUCGAAGUCCUCAACAUUGGGCCGCGUUUUCAAUUGUAGGUGCUACCGGUCUCAAAUAACUCCUUUCCCAGGGGCUAACUGCGUUGUAUAGUUAAACAAUUUCAAAAUAGUACAAACUCUAAUUGAGCAUCAAAGUUAUUUGGGAUUACCUUUGCUUCUUGUAAAGUAUCCGUCUUUCUUUUUUAAGUCAGAGUAAGCAAAGGAUGCACUGUCAAUGAGCCUAAGAUCUCUCAUCAAGAAUUUUGGGAACAAUCAUAUACAAUAGAAACCACAGCUACUGCUUUUGCAUCAAAAUUUUACAUACUUCCAGAUGAAAACAACAAUAUAAGGCUAUAAACUCUAAAAUCAAACAAUGUCAGUGGACUCCUCAGCGAUAAUGGUUUGUUUAUAAACUCAAGUUCUUGAGCUCACUUUCUAAUACUUAUUCUUAUUCUAAACAAAGUGUGAGCUAAAAUAAACUACCAUGUGCUUGAAUCUUGCAGAUAAACUACACAUUUUCAAGCGUAAAAUGAACUACUUUAUACAAAAGUAUCAGCAAAUGAACAGUGGCCUAUCUAUCUCUAAGGUUGCAAAAAAGUGAACACAUUUUCAAGCCUAAAAUGAACUACUUUAAGCAAAAGUACCAGCAAAUGAACAGUGGCCCAUCAAUCCCUAAGGUUGCAAAAAAGUGAA